CUCCGUACACUUUUGGCUUUUCUUGGUUUUUUUUUUUUUUUCUGUUCUUGCUACUGGAGCUUGGGCCAUCAAUGGUGGUAAUUCCUUGUUGUGAUUUAGCAUGUAGUCCAGUUGGGUGUUAAGUUCAGAUUGGUAGUCCAGUUUGGUGAUUAUCGAGUUGGUGUUUUUUGUUGGUUUUCAUGGGAACGUGCAGAGAUGUUUUCAUUGAACAAAAGUUAUUUUCGUUUAGGAAGGAGAAUGAUAGAUGGUGGAGUGUCACUAAGAGUAGCCGUCGUGUGGUGAAAUAUGUCUCCUUGGAUCAUGAAGCUUUGGGGUGGUUGGGCUUUACGGUGAAGGAAUGUGCCGCGUCUUUGGUUUCUCCUAACUUUUUAAGAACACAGAGAAAAGGAAACUCAGUGUUAAUGGUGCAGAGGGGAUGCAACCACAAUGGCAGUUUCUUUUCCCUUUCGGAGUUUGGGCAUGAUAAGAGGAGAAGUAUGUUAGUGGUACCGGAAGGGAGGAAGGGUGAGGGGUGGAGGAAAUUUGGAGACACUAUUAAGGAGCUUACUCUUUCCUCCUCUGUUUGGAGUGGGAGAAACAGAGGAGCCUGUGUUCUGUGGUCUUCUCAGGCAGGCAAGCCGAAGGGGCACAAGGGAGAUGGUGGUGCUCCUUCGUCGAUGGUUGUUGGUUCAUGGUCGUACCGUGAGGUGGUGCAGAAGGUACUGCCUCGCGUAGUGGUCCCAGACAUGUCCAGUUCAGAGAUCGUGCAAAGAAAGGAGGGAGAUGGCAGUGAACUGUUGGGGCUAAAUGAGGAUAAAUUCUUACAGUCGUUGGCUGAAAUGGAGGAGAAGGUUGGGCUUCUUUUAGAAGAUAUUCUUUGCCUUAAACGCUAUGUUAAAGGGAAAUAAGUAAUGAAGAUGAGUUUGGGUCAGGUGGGUAAGGCUCACUCUGUGUAGGCUGGGUCCGUAAUGGGCCCUGGGUCGGGUCAAGAGGAGUCUGGCCCAAAGAAAGCAUGGGUCAUGUCUCGGGUGUCUCGGGUGCAGAACAAUAUUUCAGCCCAAACAACGUGCCUUCCUCCUACGGCGCCGAUAUGCGUCUUGCCGAACUCCCCACCGGCACAGAAACUUCCGCCGGACACCGUCAACCAUCACGGUGAAUCUGCACAGUCACUACACUUCGGCACAGAGGUCGGCGAGUUGGUAGAGGUGGUCCAGACAGUGUGCCCUCCUCCUGCGGCACAGAUAUGGGUUUUGCCGGACUUCACACCGACACAGAAAUUCCUGCUGGUCACCGUCGACCAUCACGGUGAAUCUGUUCAGUCAAUAUACAUCGGCACUGAGAUUGGUGAGUCAGUAGAGGUGUCGGUAGAGGAUGGGUCUUCGUGCGAUGACCUCCCGUCGCCGUCGCCUGGGUUAUCGACUGCACAGAUCUAGUCGAGCGUGGUGGGGGAAGGCCCUGAUGCUCUGCUUGUACUGUC